AUGUCAUCCAAUGGGAAGCGAGUGUGGAUGUGCGAUUGCGCCCACGUAUGUGUGUGUGCACAUUUGUUAGGAUUACAUAAUAACGCAGAAUGGUCAAGAAAUUUUUAUGAGCUUACUUAUUCAAUUUCAAUUCGGACUUGCAAUUUAAUGUCUAAAACAGAAUGUCUGUCGGACUCGGUCGGACUCGGUUUGAGUCGAGAGCAGCUGUGGGUGAAUGAUCUUAAGAACAUCGUCAUCUUGGCUGACAUCUUGGCUGCCAUCUUGCUAAUCCCAAAUAAAAUGGCCGCUUUUAAGUUUUCUCGAGAUCGCAUCGAUCGAUUUUCCAUUCCGGCCUUUGAUGAACAUUCCAUAAAUAUGUUUUGUGAGAUUGUGUGUUGGUGUUUGCACAUACAGUGGCCACAAAAUCGCGACGACUACUUAAUCGUGCCAAUAAAUAACGUAUGA